AUGGAAAUUAUCUUGAUUAUUUGUGUUUUUGUUACUCUACCUAAAAUAAUGAAUGAAAAUGCAUAUUUAGGUAGUGAAGCAUCAAAAACAUUAAAAAAUAUUUUACAGAUGAUAUAUCAACAUAUACUUUGUAAUUUCUAAGAAUCACCAAUAGAUACAGAAUCAUGUGAAUAAGUAAUAGAAUUACAAAUGGAGAUGGUUAUUGUAAAUGGGAUCCUAUAACAAUACCAAAAGAUGAAUUUUUAUAAAUAAAAACAUGUAAUUAUGGUUAAAAUAAAAAGGCUUGUAUUCGUCAUGGAAAUUUAGGAUGUUAAUUUAGUAUUAUUAAUGAUAGAUGUAUUGAGGCUUAAACUGAUGUAUCUUGUACAAAUUUUGAGAGUACAGGAAUGGUAAGUUCAACAGUAGAGUGUUAAUAAUUAUAAUUUAGAUUAUAUAUUUAAGAUUACAUAAGAUAAAUAGAUGUAUAAAUUUGAUGAAUCAUUUAAAUGUGCUCAUUAAGAUGAUGUGAUGAAAUUUAAUAUAAUGGAAGUAAUUCAUUUACUUGUUAUUAUAAAACAACAUCUUCUUAAUAAAGAUGGGAUCCAAAAUCAUUAAAACGUAAUAAAAAUAAAACUAAAAUUUCUCUUUUAGGUUGUAAUGAUUAUUUAAAUAAGAAUUUAUUUUUAUAAGUAACUAAAGAACCAUGUAUUUGGUAUAUAUCUAAAUAUAAAUGUUAUAAAGCAGAGCAAUAGACCAUCCUCAUUUAAUAAGAUUUAAAGUGGAAGUGAAUUCAAUAAAUAAACAAGUAUGACUUAAAUUGGAGAUUCAUAUUAUUAUAAUGUAAAACAAUUAUAUUUGUAUAUUAUUUAUAGAUACUGAUAAAGAUGGUAAGUAGCAAAUCUCUGCUCAAAAUUAGCAUCUUAAACGAGUACAAUACCAUUAAUAUUAUGCUAAUAAAUAAGCUUGUUUAUUGGAGACUAAAGAGGAAUAUAUUGUUAUUAUGAUAC